AGUGACAGCCAAAUAGAGAAUUCACAUAUGAUGAAGAAGACCGUCCAUCCUAGCUGGGCUUGGCUUGUAUUUUUAAGCGAAGACAAAUGUUACCACAUUAUGCUCCAAAGCUAGAACAACCUUUCUAAGCAAGCUAUGGUAGUAGAGCAGAGAUUCUUACGUUAUGCCAUUUUUCUUGCUAGUCUGCUUCUGUCUUCCUUAUCAUCUCUGAAUGCCCAAAAAGGAAAUUAUAAUUCAACUGCCUAUCUUCCUGCUUCGUGGAUCAACCAGGCCUCCAAGUCCCAGGAGAUCAAUGGCACGGAUGAGACAACAGUGUUAGUGUUACCCAUCCUCCUGAGAGGAAGUGAUGGGCCAAGGUAUGUGUGCGGCUUCUAUUGUAACAAGGUAGAAGAUCAAUGCCUCUUUGGAGUCCUAAUUUCCCAAUAUACACCUAACACUGAUAAUUAUCUGCAGUCCCCCAAAUUGGUCUGGUCUGCUAACAGGAAUAAUCCUGUUCAAAGUAAUGCAAUGUUGCAACUUAAGGAAGACGGAGAUCUGGUCUUGGCAAAUUCUGACGGCACCUUAAUAUGGUCCAGCAAUACGAGAGGAAAGUCUGUUUCAGGCUUAAACUUGACAGAAAUGGGAAACCUCGUACUGUUUGGGCCCAACAAUGAACCCAUUUGGCAGUCUUUUGAUCAUCCCACCGACUCGUUACUUCUGGGACAGAAGCUGGCUGGUGGGCAGAGGCUGACGGCUAGUGUUUCAGCAUCCAAUUGGAGUCAAGGUCGGCUUUCUCUUGCUGUUGGCUCUGCUAGCUUUUCAGCUUAUACAGAGUCUGAUCCACCUCAAAUAUAUUACCUGUCCGGCCUUACGUAUCCAUAUUGUGAGUUCAGAAACGGCAGCUUCAAUGGUUUCACGAUUCCUCUUGCAUCAGUAGCUCAAUUCAUAAGGUUUGAGCCUGAUGGGCAUUUAAAGUUAUAUCAGUGGGGAGCAGCCGAUGAAUUUACAGAAGUUGUUGAUCUUUUGACUUUUCUUAAUGAUUGUGAUUACCCUAUGGUGUGUGGCAACUACGGAAUCUGUUCAAGGGGUCAAUGUGGUUGUAUUGAAACAACCAAUGGCCAAGAGAGAUACUUCAACGAAAUAAAAUCCAGACAACCUAAUCUUGGAUGUUCACUGGUCACUCCAAUUUCCUGUGAUCACUCCCAAGAUCAUACCCUUCUGGAACUAAAGAAUACAUCUUACUUUGCAUUUCAUCAAAGCUCAGAUAAAAUAGAAACGCUAAUGGAGGAAUGCAAAAGUAAGUGUAUGAGUAACUGUUCAUGCAAAGCUGCUGUGUUUUAUUAUACAGAUCAACUGCAUAGAGAUUUAGAAAGCAAGGGCUAUUGCUUAUUAUUAAAUGAAGUAUUUUCUAUUAGCAACAAUGAAAGAUCAGUUGAUGAUACAAUUCUCCUUGUUAAGGUGCAAAAUACCCAUGUCAAUAAGUCAAGGCGUAAAACAGUUAUACUGGCAUCAACAGUUGGCGCUUUGUUUGGUGUGGUAUGUGUAGUCGGUUCUUGUCUGGUUCUUUUAAUGAGAGUAUUCAGGGAAUCCAAUGAAACUGAGGGGGAUUUUCUGAGCAAGGUACCAGGAAUGCUUGCAAGAUACUCUUAUGAGAACUUGAAAGCUGUGACAGAAGAUUUUAGCAAAAAACUUGGCGAAGGAGGAUUUGGUUCUGUUUAUGAAGGGGCACUAAGUAAUGGUACGAAGAUAGCAGUCAAAUGUCUUGAUGGUUUCGCUCAACUGAAGGACUCCUUUAUAGCGGAAGUGCAGAUAAUUGGUAGUAUCCACCAUGUUAACUUGGUAAAACUUAUUGGUUUUUGUUUUGAGAAAUCACACCGCCUUUUGGUUUAUGAGUACAUGGCUAAUGGAUCUUUGGAUAAAUGGAUCUAUGGUGGAAAGGAGAAACAAUCUCUUCCAUGGAGUGCAAGGAGAAGAAUCAUAACAGACAUUGCUAAGGGAUUAGCUUAUCUCCAUGAAGACUGCAGUCAUAAAAUAAUUCAUUUUGACAUCAAGCCCCAGAACAUCCUCUUAGAUCAAAACUUCAAUGCAAAAGUUGCUGAUUUUGGAUUGUCAAAGCUGGUUGAAAAGGAUCAGAGCAGAGUUAUUACAAGGAUGAGAGGAACACCCGGGUAUUUGGCCCCUGAAUGGUUGAGCUCCGUGAUCACAGAAAAAGUGGAUGUGUACAGCUUUGGCAUCGUGAUGUUGGAAAUCCUUUGUGGGCGGAAGAAUUUGGAUUGGUCUCAGAUCGAGGAAGACAGGCACUUGCUGAGUGUCUUCAAGAGAAGAGCAGAAGAAGCAAGACUUGAAGACAUGGUUGACAAAAAUAAUUUGGACAUGCAGGUCCACGUUCUGGAAGCUGUGGAGAUGAUGCAGAUUGCUGCAUGGUGUCUGCAGAGCAAUUUCACCAAGAGGCCUUCAAUGUCAUUAGUGGUUAAAGUCCUUGAUGGUCUGGUGGCACCUGAAACCAAUCUGGAUUAUGACUUCACAAAGCCAUCAGCAGUUGAAACAGGGGCAGCUGGUGAUCAAGGAAGAGAAGCUUUUCAUAUUGCCAGUCCGCUGUUGCCUUCAACUUUAUCCGGACCCAGGAUUCUGGUACUGCUGUUCAUAUGUCAUUCCCUGGGCUUCUAAUUCUCAUAUUAAUUGAGAAAGCGUAAAGGAUUGUGAAAACACGAGUUCUACAAUUCAAACAAGCACAUAACCAGUGGCCACUGGGAGUGCCUUUCAAGUCCCUCUCGAGGUGCUGGUUGAGGGAUCAAAUCCAUUUAUCAGCAUCAAACAAGAAAAGGAUUUCUUGACUUCUCAAAUCCAAUGGGUGCCUUAGGAUAGCCGUUUGAUCCGGAGGUGGUUUUUGAAUUCUCAAUGAUUCACUAGGCAUGUUCCCUUCUCCUAUGGUAUUGGAGUAGAUGUAAAUGUUGACGUCUGACCCAAAAAAAAAAGAAAAAU